AUGGCCAUCAUCGGCCCGGCACCGCUUCUCCGCCACGAUGAGAGGGGUUGUCUGGAACUGCAGGAAGAAGGCUUGACGGUGCUACGGCGAGUGGGCUCGCCCUUGCACGUGGCCUUCGCAAUUGGGGGCUCGCGCUGCGGGAAAAGCACGGCUUGCAAUGCCUUGCUCUUGGGCGCUGAUUCCGGCGACAGGAGCUGCUUUGAAACGGGGAGCGCUUUUGACCCGGUUACCAUCGGCGUGGAUGUUGCUGCGCGGCGCCUGCCUGGCGGAGGAGCUUUGGUCCUGGCAGACUGCGAAGGGGCCUUUCACCUCUGUGGCUCCACACUGAAUGCGCGGGGCUUCGGGGACGUGGGCUUCCUCGCCUACCACCUCAGCUCCACAGUGAUCCAUGUUUCGAUGGGCAGCAUCGACGAGCGGGAUCUCGAAGCGCUCGGCCACCUCGCCACCGACGCUGCGGAGCUGCGCUGCGACGCGCCCGAGUGCCUCAGACCUGACGCAUCACCGCCGGAACUGCUUCUCCUGGUGAAUGGAGCGCGCUUCGAGCUGGGCGAUGCUGUCGCGCGCCGGCUUCUGCAGCCCCCAACAGGGUCGGGCCGGCAGUGUGCUCGCUCGGCCAUCGCCCGCGCUUUCGGUGCAGAUCCCUCUCUGGAGGCUCUGCCCAGCUGCGAGAACUGGGGCUAUUGGCCCAAGGUGGAGCGGUUGCGGGAGCAACUCCUUGAGGUUCCUCCGGUGGUCGACGGCGUGCUGCAGGCCUCUGGGAGCCAGGUGGCGCGGCGCCUGGAGGCGCUGGUGGCACACUUGGCCGGCGCUGAGUCCCCAGCUGCGGGUCCCGUGUCCGCCGCGGAGCACUCGCUGCGGAGCCGGCUGUUGGAUCCCUUGGUGGAGGAGAUUGCCAAGAAGUUCACCACUGCUGCCAGCUCUUGGCGCCCCAACCAGGUGGGCAGCCCUUCCUCUGCAGAUGCCCGGGAAGAUGACAGCGCCGUGGAGGAGGCGCUCCUAGAGUUCGACGAGCGGUCUGCCUGGCUGUCAGAGGCCGCUGAGGAUGAAGCUGCGGCGCUACCUGCAGAGCUGCUGCGGGCCGUCAGAGAGCGCCUGGCGGCCCGACUCCAGGGCAUCGCAGAGGCCGUUGCGCGAGGGCGGCAGGAAAGUGCGGCACUCCGGCGACAGGGUUCCGCAUCCCGGCGCGACCGUGGAACGCCCUCCCGGCUCGAGCUUUCUCCGGGGUCGCUGGAGUUCCGGACUCCGACGCCGCCCCAGACGCCCAGUCGCCGAAGGACGCUUGCGGCGCUCCUGGGCGCCGCAGAGGAGGCGGUGCUGCGAGUGGAGGCUUUCCACGUGGCUGCCGAAAAACAAGCCAAGGAGCUUCGCGAGAUCUUCGGGGAGGCGACGAUCCAGGCGGCUGCGCGAUCGGAGGCAGCGGAGCAGGAGGACAGCGAGGCGGCAGAGGAGGUCGCGCAGUGGCAGGAGGAGUGGGAGCGACGCUUCUCGCAGGAGGAGGCUUCCGCCUGGCAGCGCGCAGAGUGCUGGACGGCAAAGUGUCAGGAGCUGGUCGACGACCUGUCCAGCCAGCUUCACUCGCUGGAGGGGAAGAUGCCCGACGUCCUCUCGGGUGCCGUCGUUCUGGAGAGGGUUCGGUCUGACCUAGAAGUGAUGAGAAUCGGCCGCCGUGAGGUUUCAGAGAGGGCCUCGAAACGGAUCGCCGCGGAGUUGGAGGAGCUCCGAGACAGCUGUGCCUUUGAGGCUUCAGGCCACGCAGAUCUGUCGAGCCGCAUUUCGCGGGAGAUGGAGCAAAGGAUGGCAGUGCUUCAGCAGCUUCUGGAGGAGGAAAGCUAUCAGCGGCGCGAGCGCCACCAGGCCUUGGUGGAGGCCGGCAUCUCACAGCUGGACGUCCGGGGUCACCUCCUGAUGCCUCCUUGGAUGGGCCUUGGUCUUGCUGGAGCUCUGGGGCUAGGUGCUACGAAGCUCUGGAAGAGCGGUGACCUCCAGGCAGCGCGGCUCGCCGGCCCCGGCCUCGCACUGCUCGGCAUGGCGGGGGUGGCAGCUGCCAUCUUCAAGGACACCUUCAAGAGGUUUGAGGCCAAGUUGAUCCCGUUCCUCAUGACGCAGGUGGACCACCACUUCUUGCCCAUCAGGAAGGAGCUUUUGAAGAGCAUCAAAGGGGACGUCUUGGACGUCGGGUGCGGGGAUGGAAUGUACCUCCCCUACUACGUGGAGUCCUGUCAAAGAGUUCCUCGCGGUGGCGUCCGUCGUGCCUUGAUGCUGGAGCCAAACAUCCACCUUCACUCCGCGCUCCGUGCCAAUGUGGAGGCGGCAAAGAAGCAAAUGCCAAACUUGGAAGUGGAGAUGACCUCCGCUUUCUUGGAGGACCUCCCGGCGACGGAGCAGUUUGACAGCAUCGUUUUCGGCGGCUUGGCCAUGGUGGACUGGGAUCUCCAUCUGGGUUGA